AUCCUUAUCCUCUCUUGCUCUACCUGUCGCCAUGGCCACGGCCACGGGCAUGGCCACCGCCGUCGCCAUGGCUCCCUUCCUCUCCCCCGCCGCCGCCGCCGCUCACUCGCACAUCCCCUCCGCCCUCGCCACUCCCCGUCCUCCGCCCACCCGCCGCUCCCGCACACGCACACGCCUUCUCCUCGUGUCUGCUCCGGCGGCCCACUCCGGCUCCGAGGGGGCGCCGUCCGCGCUCUCCUCCACCGCCUCCUCCCCCUCCGGCAACGGAAACAAGGGGGCCGGCGCGCUGACCUUCCAGCAGGCCAUCCAGCGGCUCCAGGAGUACUGGGCCUCCGUCGGCUGCGCCGUCAUGCAGUGCAGCAACACCGAGGUCGGCGCCGGGACGAUGAACCCCCUCACGUUCCUCCGGGUGCUGGGCCCCGAGCCGUGGAACGUCGCCUAUGUGGAGCCGAGCGUGCGGCCCGACGACAGCCGCUACGGCGACAACCCCAACAGGCUCCAGCGCCACACCCAGUUCCAGGUGAUUCUGAAGCCCGAUCCGGGGAACUCGCAGGACCUCUUCCUGCACAGCCUUUCAGCAUUGGGCAUCAAUGUUCGCGAACACGACAUCCGUUUCGUCGAGGACAACUGGGAGAGCCCUGUUCUUGGAGCUUGGGGGCUGGGCUGGGAGGUUUGGAUGGAUGGCAUGGAAAUCACGCAAUUCACAUAUUUUCAGCAGUCUGGAAGCCUUCCUCUGUUGCCAGUUUCUGUCGAAAUAACAUAUGGACUUGAACGUAUCCUCAUGUCACUUCAGGGAGUAGAUCAUUUCAAAAAGAUACAAUACACCGAAGGAAUCACGUAUGGGGAACUAUUCCUUGAGAAUGAGAAAGAGAUGAGUGCAUAUUAUUUAGAGCAUGCAAAUGUUGAUCACAUUCAAAAGCACUUUGAUGAUUUUGAAGAAGAGGCCCGCUCUUUACUAUCACUUGGGCUGCCAAUUCCUGCGUAUGACCAGGUUCUGAAGGCCUCUCAUGCUUUUAAUAUUCUAGAUUCCAGAGGCUUUGUUGGUGUAACUGAGCGUGCAAGAUAUUUUGGUCGCAUGCGGAGUCUUGCUCGUCAAUGUUCUCAGCUUUGGUUGAAAACACGAGAGGAAAUUGGUUAUCCACUGGGCACUUACCAAGAGGCUAAUCUUGUAUACCCCCAUGUCUCUGAAAAGCUCAGCAGAAAGGAAGUGCUGGGGCAGGCACAGACGUUUGUUCUUGAAAUAGGAACAGAAGAGUUGCCGCCCCAUGAUGUGGUAGAAGCAACUGAACAACUUGAGAAAUCUCUAGUUCAAAUACUAGGGAAGCGUAGACUGAGCCAUGGGAAGGUGCACACCUAUGGGACACCACGGAGAUUAGCGGUUGUUGUUGAAAAUCUAUGUCUGAAGCAAAUGGAAGAAGAGGUUGAGUUACGUGGUCCACCAGUUGCAAAGGCAUUUGACCAAGAGGGAAAACCCACUAAGGCUGCUGAGGGGUUUUGUCGAAAGAAUAAUGUUCCUGUAGAUUCCUUGUAUAAAAAAAUUGAUGGUAAAACAGAGUAUAUAUAUGCCCGUGUCAAAGAGUCUGCACGCUAUGCUGACGAGGUCCUAUCUGAAGAUUUACCUACUAUUAUAUCUGGUAUUUCAUUCCCCAAGUCGAUGCGCUGGAACUCAAAUAUUGUGUUUAGUCGCCCUGUACGCUGGAUCAUGGCACUUCAUGGAGAUCUUGUUGUGCCAUUUUCUUUUGCUGGCAUCUCAAGUGGGAGCCAGUCAUGUGGCCUUCGUAACUCCUCUUUGGCGAAUUUUAAGGUGGAAACUGCAGAAUCAUAUUUGCACACUGUAGAAAAAGCUGGGAUCGUGAUUGAUGUGCAGGAGCGUAGAGCAAAAAUCUUGGAUGACUCUAGUACACUAGCUAGAGGAGUCGAUGGGGAUUUCAUUGCACCUGAUAGCUUGCUGCAGGAGGUUGUUAAUCUUGUGGAGGCGCCUGUGCCCAUUCUUGGUCGAUAUGAUGAUUCCUUCCUAGAACUUCCGAAAGAUGUGUUAACAACGGUAUGCUCAGAUUUGGACGGCGAUGCCUAUAAACUACACUACAUUUUGUUGGUUCUGUUGAUGCAGUCACCAAAUGAAAAGGUUAUGCAGAAACACCAGAGGUAUUUUCCUGUAACCUCCAAGUCUACAGGCGAUCUGCUACCAUAUUUUAUUACUGUUGCUAAUGGUUCUAUUAGUGAAGAAGUGGUCCGUAAAGGCAAUGAAGCUGUACUCAGGGCAAGGUAUGAGGAUGCUAAGUUCUUUUAUAAGAUGGAUACACAAAAGAAUUUGUCUGAAUUCCGAGGCCAGCUGAAGAGCAUUCUCUUUCAUGAAAAACUUGGUACAAUGCUCGACAAAAUGGCGCGUGUUGAAAAUGUUGUCGCAGAGUUGACCCUUGUUCUCGGGAUAAACGAGGGGGUGAUCCCAGUUAUCAAAGAUGCAGCUGCAUUGGCUAUGUCAGAUCUUUCCACUUCAAUUGUUACAGAAUUUACUUCACUCGCUGGAAUUAUGGCACGCCAUUAUGCUUUAAGGGAUGGUCUUCCAGAAGAGAUUGCAGAAGCACUGUUUGAGAUAACACUUCCAAGGUUCUCUGGCGAUGUUUUCCCAAAAACAGAUGCUGGUAUAGUCCUUGCGGUUGCUGAUAGAUUGGACAGCCUAGUGGGUCUGUUCGGAGCUGGAUGUCAGCCAAGUUCUUCGAACGAUCCAUUUGGACUGAGAAGGAUCUCUUAUGGAUUGGUUCAAAUAUUGGUUGAGAAUAAGAAGAACUUUGACCUCACGAAGGCCUUGACCUUGGUGGCACAGGUGCAGCCUAUAAGAAUAGACAAUGACGUUAUAAAUGAGGUAGUGCAAUUUGUAACACGGAGACUCGAACAACUUUUGGUGGAUGAGGGAAUUAACUAUGAAAUAGUUCGGUCGGUGCUUAUGGAGCGUGCGAACUGCCAAUAUCUGGCAUCACAAACGGCAGCUGAAAUGGAAGCAUUUUCAAGAACUGAAGAUUUCCCAAAAAUUGUUGAGGCGUAUUCCAGGCCAGUUCGAAUUAUACGUGGGAAGCAAAUCGAGUCUGCUUGGGAGGUUGACGCAAGCGUAUUUGAGAAGGACGAAGAAAAAGCCUUGUGGAGCGCCUAUUUGGAGGCUGUCGACAAGAUCCAUCCUGGUGUUGACGUCAAAACCUUCGUCGAGGCCUCCCUGCUUCUGAUACAGCCUCUGGAAGAUUUCUUCAACAAUGUUUUUGUCAUGGCGGAAGAUGAGAAGAUCCGCAACAACCGGCUGGCACUGCUGCAAAAGGUUGCGAGUUUGACGAAGGGGAUAGCCGACCUCUCGGUUUUACCAGGGUUUUAGUUAGCCUUGGAGCGAGCUGAGAGCGUGCGCCCCAUUUUUGAGCUGGUGUCAUUAAGCUGGAGCCAUUUUUUGUACUUUUGUUACUGGUCAUUCAUCUGGUGGAAAAUUACUGGGAGAAGAAUGAGAAUGUAACUACAAGGGAUCGUCUUUUUGAUUGGAGGAUAUCAGUUAUGAGGUUUAACUACAAGACGAACCAAUAGACAAAAUGGGGUGUUGUUUAUGCUAUAGUUGUUAAAUGCAUUUUCUUCUUC